AUGGAGUGCGCCAGCCACCGGGUACCAUUCGCAACAUGGCGACUUCGCGUAUUCCGCCAGCUCCUAACAACAUCGCACCAGCCACACGUCACUCGCCGCUCCAUCUCAAGCUCUCCACGCCAUGAAGCUCCCGCAGAUAAAGCCGACACCGAGACAAAUAUCCCACCGUCAAAACGACUCCCUCAAUCCCCGCUAGUCACCAAUAUGCGCACCGGACCAGAAAAGCAACGCAAAAAGCUCCCUACCAAAGCAGACCUCAACCCGCUCUCCAAAAACCCCUGGGCCGUAGCGCUGGCAUCGCCGCCGCGCAUGUGUACCUUGACGGGCGCGCGACUGCCCCGCGAUAUCCUGGGAGAAUGGGGCUUAGUGAAAAAACCCGAUACGGAACUCAACUACAUGCUCCCAGUGGGCCUGCUCAAGGACUCGUUGGCGCGCCAGCCAACACCCGCGCAGACCGAGGCAGCAGACGCGGCGAAGCAUGAAGAACUAGGCGACGACGAGUCAGCUAUGAAACCAGCGCGGAAUGAUAAAAUGGGCCGCCAGCUCUUCCUCCGAAUGCUCGACAGUCUUCCGUUCCUGCGGAUUGUAUCGCCGAUUUUUGCCAGGAACGCGGGCAAGAAAGCAGCUGUUACGAAGAUGGUGCCUUUUCGGUGGAAGCACCCGCAUGGACCUAUUACUUCUCGCGAGGAGAAGUCGAUUGUGUGGAUGGAGGGCAUGCCGGAAUAUGUGCUAAAGUACAUGCGGCGCGAUGUUGCUAAAAAGUUGGAGGCGACGCGGCAGAAGUGGCAUCUUGGUGCUGGUGAUGGGGUGUGGAGUGUUCUUGAUAUUCAAGAGUUCUCGGACGCUGCGAUAGUAGAUGCGCUGGGGCGAUUGGGAUCAAUUGAACGCGCGGAAUGUGGCGCGGCACUUAUUCUCCGUCCAGGGGGAGCUAAUGGUGGGGAUAUGAACGAGGAAAGAUCUUCUCCAGAGGAGGUCAUUCACCCGCAGACCCAGAGCAAGAUCCCCGUGUUUGAUCUAUCGGCACUUCUAGGCGAGUCUGAUUUGGAGACCCUUCGCCAGACACAGGCUCCACAUUACCAGCAUAGGGCGCUGUUCUUCAGACCUGAAGAUGCUUCGAGCAUAAAAACGAUGGUGUCACUUUGGAAGCUCAAACAAUUCCUUCUGGAGGAUCCCAAACUGAAAGUUUAA